AUGGAUACAGGAGGAGAUGAGAAACGUGCAAGAAGAAGCGAAGAGGAUAGGCUGAGCAACUUACCAGAAUCCUUAAUAUGUCAGAUAAUGUUGAAUAUCCCCACGAAGGAUGUGGUUAAGAGUAGUGUCUUAUCCAAAAGAUGGAGAAAUCUCUGGAGAUAUGUACCUGGUUUGAACGUGGAGUACAAUCAAUUUCUAGACUAUAAUGCUUUCGUGAGUUUUGUUGAUAGGUUUCUGGCUUUAGACAGAGAGUCUUGCUUCCAAAGUUUUAGGUUAAGGUACGAUUGUGAUGAAGAAGAGCGCACUAUUUCUAAUGUCAAGCGGUGGAUCAACAUUGUCGUCGACCAAAAACUUAAAGUUCUCGACGUUUUGGACUACACUUGGGGGAAUGAGGAAGUCCAGAUACCUCCAUCCGUUUACACAUGCGAGAGCUUGGUGUCUUUAAAGCUCUGUAAUGUGAUCUUGCCUAAUCCUAAGGUUAUAUCUUUGCCUUUGGUCAAAGUUAUUGAGCUUGAUAUAGUUAAGUUUUCCAAUGCUUUGGUUUUGGAAAAGAUCAUCUCAAGCUGUUCAGCUCUUGAAAGCUUGAUUAUAAGCAGGAGUUCCGUUGAUGAUAUAAAUGUUUUACGUGUUAGUUCUCGGUCUCUACUGAGCUUCAAACAUAUUGGCAACUGUUCUGACGGUUGGGAUGAAUUAGAAGUUGCAAUUGAUGCUCCUAAGCUUGAGUAUCUGAACAUCAGUGAUCAUUCAACUGCAAAAUUCAAAAUGAAGAAUUCGGGUUCUCUUGUGGAGGCGAAGAUCAAUAUUAUAUUUAAUAUGGAAGAGCUACCGCAUCCAAAUGAUCGGCCAAAGAGAAAAAUGAUUCAAGAUUUUCUCGCCGAGAUCUCUAGUGUCAAAAAAUUGUUCAUCUCUUCGCAUACUCUUGAGGUUAUACAUGAUUUGGGGUGUGAACUACCCUUAUUUCGUAACCUAUCCUCCUUGCACAUAGACUUCGAAGACCACACCUUGAAAAUGUUGUCCACCUUUCUCCAGAGCUGCCCAAAUGUUAAAUCUCUUGUCGUGGAAUUUAAGGAUUCCUCAAAAGAGGACGGAGAUAGAGUUUUAUCCAUACCUCGGUGUUUCUUCACAACUCUCGAGUAUGUUAAGAUAGAGAGGCCAAUCACAGGAGAGGCAAGGGGAAUGAAAGUAGUUAGUUACAUUUUGGAGAAUUCACCAAUCCUCAAGAAACUGAAUCUGUGCUUGAAUAGUUCCAGAGAGAAAUCAGAAUCUGUCAUUCUCAAAGAACUCCUUACAAUUCCAAGACUCUCUACCUCAUGCAAAGUUGUUGUUUUUGAACCUCGUAGUUGUUGGGUACUUGGUUGAUGUUAAGUAUAUGUUUUCUUCAUCGUUUGUGAUGAUUUUCAUGUUUCGUAUCUUGGAAGACAAUCAUGUGUUUGUUGG